UCUGUCUGACGGUUGUUGUCAAAUCUGUCAUGUUGUGGAAAUGAAUAUGGCGGCGUGAGAAAGCCCCCAAAAUUAGUUUAUUAGUGGAUUAGUGUCGAAAGUACUGUUUAUUGUGGUAGUGUAUCAUCAGAGGCGUUUUUUCCAUGAAAUUAUACAACACUUGAUAAGACAGCCACAAUGGCAUAUUCGCUGCCAAAAGACUUGGACGGGUUCAUCCCGCAUUUGUCCAAAGCAGACACGAGGUUUCGUCUGCAGGUUGGGACCGAUCUUUUGGCCUUCUUGGCGGAGCCCUCGAACUCCGUUUAUUGCCAGGACAUUGGCUUGCUCAUCGAUGGCCUGAUACCUUGGAUGCAAAGCAGCAAUUACAAGGUCUCCAGCAAUGGCAUCGAAGUUAUGACAUAUCUGAUAGAUCGGCUGGGGACUGAUUUCAGACCAUACCUACAAACAGUAUUACCAAACGUGAUAGAUAGACUGGGCGACGCUAAAGACACAGUUCGCGAAAAAGCCCAACUAUUAAUCCUGAAACUGUUAGAACGUAACGUUCUUUCUCCGCAAACGCUCCUCGAAAAACUCACUCCGGGAUUCACGCACAAAAACGCCAAAAUCAGGGAAGAAGUCCUACGGUGUCUCCUCAACACGCUCAACGAACACGGUGCCCAAUCGUUGACGAUAAGUCGCUUCAUCCCCGACAUCGUGAAACUCUUGUCGGACCCAACGUCGUCUGUGAGGGAUACAGCGUUUAAUACGUUGGUCGAUUUGUAUAAACACGUCGGCGAGAAACUAAGGGUGGACUUGCAAAGACGCAAUAUUGUCCCUCCGGCUAAAUGGCAGGCAUUGUCUGCAAGGUUUGACGAAGUGAAAGAUAGUGGGGAAUUGCUCCUGACGGCGACUAGGAAUGAUUAUUGUACAGAUGAAAUAGACAGGGCAGCGAUGCAGAAACCGGUGGUUCCAGUGAAGAAGGCGAAUCUAGGAAGUGCUGCCAAGCCCAGGACGCUCACGACGGCCAGCAGCGCGAACGCUGUUUUAAGCAGAGUGGGUUCCCUGAGAAAACUGCCUUUUUCAUCUGGCUCAGCCGGCAGCGUGGACGAGGAAACUUUCACGAAAUCGUUCGAGGACGUGCCACCCGUCCGAAUUUUUUCACCUCGCGAAGUAUCCGAUCACAUGAAAAAUAUCUAUGACACGAUAUCUGAUCCAAGCAAGGAAUGGAACAAACGAGUCGACGCUCUGAAAAAAAUCCGAUCGUUGAUACUAGCCGAUGCGAUGAAUUUCGAAGAAUUCCAUCAGGGCCUUAAGCAACUCGAUAUUCCUCUUCAGGCAAUAAUUAAAGAUCUAAGAUCGCAAGUCGUGCGAGAAGGUUGCAUCACGAUCGCAUAUUUGGCGCAGAUUUUAGGAAGUAAAUUCGAUCGAACCGCCGAAAUGCUUUUGUUACCCUUAAUUAACUUAAUCCAGAAUUCGGCAAAGAUUAUGUCUACAUCGGGAAUUGUUACUUUGAGGUUUAUUAUCCAGAACAUUCACAGUCCGCGACUCAUUCCCAUAAUUACAACGCACGCAGCCACGUCGAAAAGCAAAGAUAUUCGCAGGUACUGCUGCGAGUUUUUAGACUACAUUUUGAACAAUUGGCCGACGCAUUCGCUGGAAAAGCACGUGGCUGCGCUGCAGGAGGCCGUUAAGAAGGGAAUCGCCGAUGCUGAUCCCGAAGCCAGGGUCUCAUCUCGAAAGGCUUUUCGAGGAUUUCGCGAGCAUUUUCCGGACCAAGCGGAAGCGCUUGUACAGUCACUAGAACCCAGUUAUAGGAGAGCGUUACAAGGAGAUGGAAUGUCAGCUAGCUCUUCUAAUAAUAAUCUGGCUAGUGGAUUCAAGACGCCGAGGGUUUAUGGACGCAGCGUUGCAACGCCGUAUAGUGCAACAGGCAGUACAGAAAACCUUUCUGGUACUGGUAGUGGCCUUCAUAGGGCUCCUUCUUUGCCCCGCAGCUACAGGCAACGUAGUGGUAUACCCGUGUUAUCCAAAGAAAAUUCUGGUCGUAAAGGUUUUCGAAGCAAUUCGGCAAUCGAUUUGCAAGCAGCGCAACGAGCAAAAGUGCGGUCUCAAUAUGCCGCAAUGGCUCGCAAUAAAAUAGCGUCCGGAACGGCCAGUUUGCAGGGAGAGGUUGCGCAACAAGCACGGCCAAGAAAAACCCCAGAGACUGCAGCCACACAAUCACCGGAGCGUUUGGGACGAACUAGGAACAGGAAUUCGCAGUCACAACCGACUAGUAGAUCCGGUUCACCGAGUUCACGCUUGGCCUAUUUGUACAAUCGUAGCACGGAACAUGAUUCUCCCCGACCUCGAAGACUGUCGUCGGGGAUUCCCCGGUCUACAACCGGCUCACGCGACACUUCGCGUGAAACGAGUCCGAAUCGUUCAACUUUGGGCAGGUUUAGACGGGGUAGUGACAGGCCGCCUCUGAGCCCGGCCUCUAGGCCGGUGUUAGCCCAGAAAAUAUUGCAACAGAGUCGUGAAGCCGAAAAUGCUCUAGCUGAUGUUUUACAAAACGACUCGACUGAUCAUUACAGGAGCCCCCGGAAGUCUAUGAGAUCGAUUGACAAUCAUUCUGAUGAAUCGGAGACGUCGAGCGUGUGCUCCGAACGCUCUUUCGAUUCUUUCAGACGACCGAGUGAUUCAUACUCAUGGAGCGGUUCGCAACAAAGACUAUCAAGCAGGGAAUUAUGGGAACCCUGCCGUGACAUCAACGAGAUCAUAGUUUUGUGCGCCAGCACUGUCUGGCAGGAGCGCAAAGACGGCUUGCUGUCCUUGCAGCACUACCUCAGCACCGAAGUCCCGCUAACCCCCGGCGAACUCAAACAUCUCACCGAAAUCUUCACCAAAAUGUUCAUGGAUUCGCACACGAAAGGUCUCAGCGUAUUCCUCGACACCUUACACGAAGUGAUCAAGAUGCACAAAAACGAGCUCCACAGCUGGGUCUACGUUCUCCUCCAGCGAGUUUUCGUCAAAAUUGGAACAGAAACUCUCAACUCCGUCCAAUCGAAACUCAUGGCGACCUUGGAUAUCAUUCGAGCGAACUUUCCCAUCCCCUUGCUCAUCUCCAACGUUUACAGAUUCCUAGCCGAUGCAACCCAGACCCCUGGCCCAAAAGUCAAAACUGUGGUUUUAACGUUUUUAACAGCGCUUUGUAACUCGGCCGAUGGGAGUCAGUUGACCGGGGCGCCGCCAGCUAACCAAGCUUUACAAAAAAUUAUCGCUUUCACUCAAGACACAAAGUCGGUGGAGUUGAGGAAUGCGGCAAAGAUUUGCAUCGUGGCGAUGUGGAACUGUAACACGCCGCUGAUGACGAUGAUGUUGUCGGAGCUGCCGAAGGAGCAGCAGGAUGUUGCGAGGAAUAUAGUGCACAAUCAUAUGCGCAAAAAUUCGACCGGGAGCGAGCCGGGAAGUCCGUCUGUGAACGCAAGCCCUAAAACUCUGUCGCCGGGGACUCCCCCGUUGCGGGAGGGCCUGGACCAGGAGGAGAUUUACAGGAGUUUGAGGAAAACAACAGCGGAAAUACAAAAUUAUAGCUACGAAACGUUGAGUUCGAAGUUAGAUAGGGAUAGGGACACUACAUCACAAGAUUCGGGUAUUUCGCAAAUGUCGGUAGGGAAUGACGUUAAAAAUGAAAUCGGGAUUUUGGAAGAGAGGAUGGAAGAGUUGAAUAUUAGGGCGAAUUUUAAUUCGAGGUCUGGACCGCGGUCUUUACCACCCUUUACGUCAGUUAAUGGAAUUUCUGAUAGUGAUUACAACGGUUACAAAAGCUUAGGGGAAUGGAAAGACACUGAUAUUAUUAAAAAUAUUUUGGAGAAGUGUGUCGUUGACCAUCCAACACCGAUUCAAGAGAAAAGGCUGUUGCUAUCUCAACUUAUUAACAUGAUUAAGCAAGGCCAGACUGAUGCAGUUAUCCAGAAUUUUAAGAAAUUACUACGUUUGUUGAUAGAUAAUUUGAAUGAGAAAGACAUGAACAUCAGGAUAACAGUACUGGAAAUUCUGCGUGCUAUUUUCGAAAGCAAAGAAAUGAAAAAUUCUUGGUCUGGUUUCGUUGAAUUGCUCACAUUGAAAGUUUUAGCCGCCCAUUGCGAUGAAAAGAAAGAGGUGCUGAAAGCGGCCGAGCAGACAGCCGCCGCAAUGGUGGUCUGUCCCUUCAACACGACUGUGAUGACCUUGGCGUCUUGGAUCCAAACCAGUGAAUACCCCCCAAUACUGGGGGCCAUUAAAAUGCUUACCAAACUGAUAGAGGCAAAUGCCGAAGACGUCACCGACGAACAUUUGGGGCAAAUAAUGCCAGGGUUAAUAAAGGGUACGGAUCAUGCGGAAAGUCCCGUGCGUAAAAGUUCGAUUUUCUGCAUGGUGGCGUUGUAUAAAGCUGUGGGAGAAGAGCGACUGAACCCUUACAUCUCGUGCUUGUCAGGAAGUAAACUGAAAUUGUUGCGGUUGUACAUUAGCAGGUCUCGGCAAAAUACAACGUCGGUACCAACGAGCCCGAAAAACACAGCAACUAGCUAGUCCGAGGAAAGUUGCAAGUAAUCUUCCAAAAGAGACAUUUUUCGUAUUAUUACUAGCACAUGUUAUUUAAGCUUAAUUAUUUCGACGUAAAGAAGAAAGUAGGCUAGUUCUUGUUCUGAUUUGAAUUUUUACAAGAAACAAUGUGAUGUCUUAAGGAUCUAAAAACGAGAAACUUGGAUUUGUAAAUAGCGUAAAUAUAGUCAUUCAUUGCUUUUUACGUGUUAAUUUUAUCUAACCCUUUUACUAAUGUUACUGUUGAUUUUUUCUUUUUAUUAAUUUAGACGCACUAAAGUUAUUUUAAGUGCCAUUUACAUAAUCAACGCGGGAGAUGUGAAACAAAAACAACAAUUUUUUCGAAAUGCGGCAGUUGAGUUUGUUCUCGAAGGAGGUUGUAGUUGUAAGUCCUGUUACUUGUAAAUAAAUGUCGACUGUUGUUUUUGUUACCUUUUCUUCAUUGAUAUUUAUUUAAUGUUUCAUUUUUUUAUUUCAGGAGGUAAUGUAAACUGUGUCUGCAUUUAAUUUUCGUGUUGUGAUUAUCUGUAGAGUCAUUAAAUAAAUUGUUUACAUCGUCAUUGCACAUUAAGUUAUGAUAUUUCCCUAGUCAUAGUUCAUCUGAAUAUUAUUGUUGUCACUUAAGUUUUGAUAGUAUGGAAACUGGAUAUAUUUAAAUUUUGAUGUUUCUUCUAUAAAUAAGACGUUAUUAAUGAUGUUUAUUAACUUUAUGACCUUUAUUGAGAGUUUUGGCUGUUUAAUUGUUUCUGCAAAAUUAAUCUGACUAUGGUUUAACGUGACGCAAAUAUUUCAGUAGUGUUAUACUGCAGGUUUUUUACAUAGAAAUUUCAAGUGUUAGCUUAAAGAAAUGAUAUUUUAUAUGCCAAAUAAUAUAUUAACUGUAUGUGCUAUAACUUUUUUUAAACCAAACCCUUUGUAGCCUGUAAAUACUGUAUUUUAGGACUAGCGCUGUAUAUCACUUGGAAGUAAAAUGCUUUACUAUUAUUUCCACUUUAUUUGAGGAAUAACCACCCCAGAUGUACAUUUCAUUAUGAUUAAAGAUUAAUUUCAA